AUGGCCUCUGUCGACGAACACGGUUCCACGUUCGACGCUUCCUACGCCCGUUCCAUCGCUGCUGCUCACAUGGGCUCGCCCUUCGACCCGCAACAACACCCGCAGCUCUCGCUCCCGCUCGACGACCUCGCACCGCACCACGGCUCCUCGCGCUCUCUCGCAAUGGGCCCAGCUCACGGAUCGACGUUCUCCACCCCGUUCACACUCCCGCCAGACCACAGCCCCGCCCUCCUCGGCGCCGUCGAGAGCAGCCGAUGGACCGCAACCCAGCUGCCCUCGUUCGCACCCGCCGCCUUCUCCCUCCCGCUCUCGCCCACCUCGCCGACCUACCCCCCGCACCACCCGCUCCUCUCAGCCAGCACCUCGCCCGUCAUCGCACAGCAACUCGCAGCGUCCCCGACCGUCACCGUCGGAGAGGUCCUCGGCGCGUUUCCCUCCGUCGCCGACGAUGCAACUCCGCUCCCUGCCGGCACGCUCGCCGCUCGCAGGGGCUUCGGUGGCGGAUUCGAGGCAGAUAACGUCGUCGAGGGACCCAUCGGCCUCACUCCGCGCGUCAAGCCGUUCAUCGCCAAGCUGAACCACCUUCUCGGCAACCCGGAGAGCUACCAGGACUGCAUCGUGUGGGACUCGACGGGCGAGGCCUUCAUCGUCAACGCCAACAAGCGCUUCUGCGACGAGGUCCUCCCGCGCCUCUUUGGGCACCGCAACCUCGCCAGCUUCACGCGCCAACUCAACGUCUACGGUUUCCGCCGCCUGUCCAACUCGGAGCUCAUGUCGCGCAUGGACGUCAAGUCCCAAGAAGGCUACAGCGGGUGGUCGCACGCCCUCUUCACGCGGGACGACAAGUCGUCCUUGCACCUGCUCAACCCUCGUCCCUCUCGCGCGCGGAUGCUCAAGAAGGCGGAGAAGCACGAGCGCCUCGAGCACGAGCAGCACGAGAAGGAGCGCAAGGCGAAGCAGGUGGCGGCGGCGGCGGCGAGCGCUGCAGCGCGCGCGAUCGGCUCGUCGUCGUUCCCGACCCUGACCGCUCCACCGCCCGGCUACGCACUCGUCAACGACUACUCGGCGCGCCGCGAAUCGGGUUCGUCGACCGAUUCGGCGUCCAGCCUCGACUCGCCUACCACGCCUGAAGCGAGCCAUUUGGGCUUCCUCUGGCAGGGCCAGCCGUAUCCGAUGCCGCCCAUCAAGUCUGGCAUGGACGGCUGGUGA